AUGGCCACUCAGGCCGACGAACUCGUCGAGGUCGAGCCCCCGCGGCCCGCGCACCACGCCGAGAACAAUCCAACGGAAGCCUCCGCGCUCGAAGAACAAACUCUUUACGACGCAGCCCCCAGCUUCAACCGCACCGACAGCAAUAUCCUCGCCGGGGGCAACACGGGCAACGGGGACGAGCUCCCCAACGCCGGUCCAGACUACAUGGCGCUGCCUCGCCUAGCUCCAGGCAGACGCCCGCGUGCUGGGGGCAUCGACCGUCGAAGGCCCACCUUCGCGUACUUGCCCAACGCACUCCAUUACGUUGCCGCCCUCACCGCCGGGCUUCGCGAAACAGGCCCUCCUCCCAGGCUUCCCAUGCCGAACCUCCAUCAUCUGAUGAACAACAACAAUAAUUUCGACCCCCACCCCAUCAAUCGCUUCCACCUCGACUACCAACGCACCGCCUUUGGCACACCGCAGGCUCCUCCGGCACCGGCGCCCUCACCCCUAAGAUGGAAGUGCCUCCUACCCGCGAGGGCUUCACGAGAGACACGGGAGAAGACGUGGUUGUCAUCUGCCCGGCGUGCGACGAGGAGCUCGAAUAUGACCCGGCGGGCGGUAAAGAGGACACGGGAAAGAAGCGCGCGAAACGAGCCCAAGGCGAACACCAUUUUUGGGCCGUCAAAGCUUGCGGCCAUGUUUACUGCCAAAAUUGUUUCGAGAGCCGACGACCGACGGCAAAAGCAGUCUCGUUUCCAAGCCGCCGAUGGCUCGUCGAAUCUUACUCCCCAGUCCAAAGUCUUUUGCGCUGUCGACGAUUGUCACUCCGACGUCACCAAUAAGGGAGCAUGGGUUGGCAUCUACCUCUAG